AUUCGCUGUUCAUCUUCAUACUGUGGACUCAAUCAAUACACCAUCUUCCCACAGAUCGAAGUGCACUCCCGCACACAUAAACAUUUUGGUCCAAUUCGAACCUGAUACCUACGACCUCUUGGAGCAGGCACUCUCAGAAGUUUCAAUUCCAGAAGUUCCAGUUCUUGUCAUCCCGAUAAAAACAGCAAAAAAAAUGCGUGGUAACCAAAAGGCCAGUAAACCAAAUAGUAAGAAGCCCGGGCAAUAUGUAUGCAGAUUGUGUAGAUGGACCCAUCCACUCCGAAAAUGUAAAAAGUUCUUGGAAAUGGAACCUAUUAGACGGCUUCAACUGGUAAACAAAUUCGGCUACUGUAAGAACUGCUUGGCACAUUCGCACUCCCAAGGUUCUUGUUUUACAACGACUGGUUGCCGGUACUGCCAAAAAAACCAUCACAGCCUACUUCAUAUGCACAAGGCACAACAACAAACUCGGAGCCAAAAAGGACGGCCUCAUUCUACACAACAAAAACAGUCCAAAAAUAAAUCCCGAAGCUCAAAAACUCCAAAUUCACAUCCAAAGCCAAACCCGAAUCCAAUACUAAAUCCGGAUUCAAAUCCAAAUUUGAAGCCAACUGCAAGGUCGAAAUCGUGUGAAAAUAAAUCUUCCAAUGCUUCUUUAUCUGCUAUCCUAAAGCAGAAUACAGUUACGCUACUCCCAACCGUGGUUGUGGAAAUCGAAGGUAACAAAGGAAAAUGCAGAGUACGUUGUUUGCUUGAUACUGGAUCCCAAUAUAGCCGCAUAUCUUCAAGUUUAGUGCGCCAAUUGGGACUUACAACGCUUACUCUAAACGAAGAGACAAUUUGCCCAAUUGUUUUGGCAUCCGUGUACGAUCCAGACAUACGAAUCGAGGUUACACUCCGCGUAACUAAUAGAAUUUCCGUGCGCACACCCGGCAAAUUGCUUUCAAAAUCCAUAAAGGCCAAAUACACCAAUAUAAUGCUUGCAGACGCUUCAUUCUACAAACCAGGCCCCAUAGAUGUAAUACUUGGUAUCGACAUAUACUCUUUAGUGAUAAGAGAAGGCAUUUCCAACCAUUCUGGUCUGCCAACUGCCCAGAAUACUAUGUUUGGAUGGACCAUCUAUGGCAGUUGCCCAAUGUAGUUUUUACCUUGCACUUUGAAUUAUUACUCGCAUCAACUGAAAUCCAACAAAACUGAACUCACUCUAAAUAGCAAACUGAACACUUAAGCAAAUGUAACCUAACACCAACACUUCAAUAUACGUACAUAAUUUUAAAAUUAUUAUAAAAAUACAAAUCUAGUUUCUAUUUUCAAUUGAAAAUACAAAGAAGUAUUUAUAACCUUAAGAGUACAAUGA